UUCAAAAAGGAGCUAUAAUAUGAAUAAAUAGAAGUGUAAACAAGACGCCAUGACAACUAACAACAAUAAUAGGGAGCCAAAUGAUUACUUUCUUUUGGGUAAAAGAAUAUAAAUUUAAUAUAUCUGACUACUGAAGGAUUUAGAUCAUAUUGCAGUUAAUUUUAUGACCAAAAAUUUAAUAAUUGUGUUCCAAUUAGAAUGAUGCUUUCAAUAAUUUUACUAACAAGGUUCCUAAACAAUUGUUCAAGUAGAGCCUCCGUCGCAAAUUUACAGUCCUCGUGGGAGAUGAAGAGAAAUAUCGAUGUUGGGACUGAAGUGAAAAAUGCUAUGACUCUGCAAACAAGUUCAAUUAUAAACGAUAUUAUACAUCUAUAUAUAUAUAUAUAUACAAACGAACUUCCUAUACAGAGAUACAGCGAGUGUUCGGAGACAGCUUUCGACAGCAAAUGGAAAGAAAACACACACACAAACACGUUUGGGACUCAUAUUUAUCACUUCACAGCUGCACACCUAUGAUCGAUGCUAAUUCAAAAUGGCCGACCUGAACGUCACAUAAAAUGCGCGGGAAACGCACGCGCACUUACUUAUUUACUUUAAAUUAAUUAGGUUUUACUUUUAUAACUGUUUAAAAGUUAAAACACUCUAAAAACGUCCAUUCCCGUUCACGAGAUUUGCCUGACUAACAUUAAAAAACUUAAACGUAUUCAAAACUUGAAAACCAUAAAACAUAUCUCCCCUAUUAUUAGUUUAUGGUUUGCGACUGUUACGGAGCUAUUAUGUUAUUUUUCUCUGUGCGUUGUUUUGAUUGUAUGCGGUGAUGGCGAGACAAUUUUGGGCAAUACAAAAUGCUAUUGAGUGGGCUAAAGUCAUUCAACUAUUGUUCAAUACUGGUUCUGCUUGUAGAGUAAAAAACGAAUCUUUUGUUUCUUAAUAAGCUCACGUUCUUAAUUACGGUAAAAAGAAAUACUUUAAUUUAAGAAGCUAAAAUAUGAAACCAAUUUAGAUACAAAUUUAUGAGUUUAUAACUUAUAUAAAAAAAAUAUACAUUUUCAAUAUCUUUUUCUUAUCUAAAAGUAACAUUUAUUUUAUUAAAUGCAUGCGGACGUUCACUGGUGGAUAUCUCAUGUAAUUCCGAGUAACUGAAGUAACGUUUAUCUUGUGAAAUAAAUUAGGGUUUCGUGCAAAAAUAUGAAACCAAUUGAAUUGUGAAGUUCUACAUUUUAAUUUAAAG